AUGUUCUACAGAACCGCUGCUGCUCGCUCUGCGCUGCGGGCUCUCUCGAGCUCCAACGCCGCCGUCGCCCGCUCGGGUGUCGCCCAGAAUGUCUUCAAGGCCCAGCUCACCACUGCCACUCGUCCGACCCGUCUGGCGACCUCUUCCCGCCUGGCCCUGGCCACCCGCAAGCCGGUGACCACUGCUCUGAUCCGUUAUUCGUCCACUUCUGCCAAGGAGGACGAGGAUACCGACAUGCUUGCCGGUAUGAAGAGCGAAGCUAAAGUGAUCAAGGAUACUUUCAGCUUGAAGGAGGUCCCCAAGGAGGCUCUGUUCCUCGGAAUGGCCGGUGUCGUCCCGUACCUGGCUACCUCCCUUGAGACCUGCUACCUUGCCUACGAGGUCAACCGUGCCCAGCUCCUGGGCGACGGUCUGAUCUUCUCCGGCCAGAGCGCCGAGUUGAUGCUCCACAUGCUCGAGCCUGUCCAGGUCGGAUACGGCGCUGUUAUCCUCUCCUUCCUCGGUGCCAUCCACUGGGGUCUCGAGUGGGCUGGAUACGGCGGCAAGUUCGGCUACAAGCGCUACGCCGCCGGAGUGAUUGCCCCGGCUGUUGCGUGGCCGACUCUGCUGUUCCCCGUGGAAUAUGCGCUGAUCACGCAGUUCCUCGCCUUCACCUUCCUGUACUACAAUGAUGCGCGUGCCGCCGCCGCCGGGCGUGCGCCUCACUGGUACGGCAUGUACCGCUUCGUUCUGACCUUUGUCGUGGGCGCCAGCAUUGUGGCCAGCCUGAUCGGCCGCCAGCAGAUCAACCAGAGCGCCAACCCGGAGCACACCAUUGCCGACAAGAUCAGCGCGCUCAAGUUCCUGGCCAAGAAGGAGGCUGAGGAGGCCGAGGCCAAGCGUCUGGCCGAAGCCGGCGAGGAGGAUUCGGAGUAA